CAUUAUACAUGACCCAUUGUUAAUGUACUGGACUUUAGCCAGUUUGUCGUUUUGACAACAGAAACUGAAGCAUUAAAAAACUGCCACGUUCGCCUGAAAACAGGCCGCAUUCACUUCUGACUGUAAUAUGCAGUCAAGCGAAACUGCUAAUGUAUACCACACGAAGGAUUUGCCAUCGUUCUUGGUCUGUUAUUGACAAAUCUUUCAAGUUCCUGUAUUGAAAUGGAGCAACACUAUGUCGGAGAAGUUCUAUGGAAACAGUAGAAAUAAAGUUGAUGCUUUUAUCUCUUAUACAGACUCAAAUAAAAAUGAUUUAUAGAAUUUAUGGUAACUUCCUUUGGUAGAGAGAUAUUGUGAAAAAUAUUGUAAGUCAUAUCUAGUCUCUAUAGACUGUAUCAAAUAUGGCUGCCCUAUCUCCUAAUAAUGAAAAUGUUGACAGAGUUUGGUUGGAUAAUAACAUGUCUCAGCUUUGUUAUGAAGAGCUACCAUCAUCAAAUAGUGUUUUAUGUAGCAGAAAUCAAGCUCUGACUCCCUCAUCUGAUGAAGGAAAUAUUUCAGAAACUGUAGCAAAAGAUAUUUUUAUUCUCAAUCAACAGACAUCGAGAGACCGACAGCCAUCUUUGAUGAUCAAUUUGAAGUCUUUGCAAGAGACCAAAAGACAUAAGUGUCCUAUUUGUGCGUAUAAGACAAACUACAAAUCCGAUUUAAACCGGCAUUCUAAGAAACACAGUAAAUGUUCGUUCACAUGUGAUAUCUGCAAGAUGCCAUUUAUGAGUAUGGGGAUUGUCAUGUACCACAAGCAGAAACAUCAUUCAGAGCAGAUGUCCAGCAUGAGACACAGAUAUUCUUGCUCAAUGUGUCCGUAUGGCACAAGAUCUAAGUCUGAUUUAAACCGGCACCUGAAAUUACACCCACUCGCCAAAUAUCUCUGUUACAUCUGCCACAUCCCUUUCAAUAAUUUCGAAACUUUGGAACUGCAUUUAAAGACCUGGCAUCCAGAUGCCAAUAGAUCGGUUGCCCUCAGCAAAACUUCUAACAUAGAAGUACCAUCCAAAACAGCUCACGAUGCUUUUUCUGAUUCUGAUAAUCAAAACAAGAGAUCACGAGAAGGCUCACGCAGCCCUUCUGAUACCGUGUAUUUGUAUCUGCAAAAUAUUGACAAGAAAGGCUCAGAUCAAAAUAAAGCAGAGUGUAAUUACAGCGGCAGAUCUCAGAUAAAACUGGAAACUGAGAAAUUUAAAUGUACAUUUUGUUCAAAAAUAUUUGAAGACCAAUCAAUACUUGAUUUUCAUAUUCUUCAAUUUCAUAUUGAAACACAGUUUUCGUUGAGUACAGGAGAGCAACUGAAUCUUGGGAAUACUUUAACCGAUUCUAGUAGCAGUACCGAUGCCAACAGGCAAGAAUAUUGUGAAGGUCAACAAGAUACUUUGCAAUGUUCUCAAUGUGUUUUCAAGACAUCCAACCAGUUUCUGUUGGAUAAUCAUCUUAGAAAACAUCAUGUGACCCUUUACUCUUGUUCUACGUGUAACCUUUCAUUUCGGAAUGUCCAAAAUCUCAUGCAACACAAACUACAACAUGAAUGCCAGCCUCGAAAUAUUGAGAAGCAGAAGGGCAGAUGUAAAUACCAAUGUGAUAUGUGUUCUUAUGAAACUGACCACAAAUCAACCUUCAACCGCCAUGUUCUAAGACACAGCGUUGCCAAAUAUCGGUGUGAUGAGUGUCAGAUGCCAUUUAUGCGGGAAGGAAAUUUAAUUUUACACAAGCAACGGAAUCAUUCAACAGCUGAAAGUACUUCUACGUUUAACAAAGAACAGCGUUACCAAUGUCCACACUGCCAAUACGCUUCCAGUUAUAAAAUCACUCUUCAGAGACAUGUGUUGAAGCAUGCAAUUGCUCUUUUCAAGUGUGAUCUUUGUCACAUGCCUUUCAUAUGUCAAGGUAACUUAUCUCAUCACAAGAAACUUCAACAUGGUGCACCUGUGUCAGACAAUAUUCAAGAUAAAGACCCCGCUCAGCAUAGUUACCUGCACAACUUCAACAUACAGAGGAAACUUAAUGAAUCGAAGGCUGUUUCUCAGACUAACUCCUCAUUCAGUUCUACUGAUGUUAUCAACCUUACUCAGUGCAAACCUGAAAUAUAUACUCCCUACCCAACUGCACCCGUUAUCUGCCAAGAUGAGAGACCUGAAGUAUAUAAUGUCUACCCUGUGCUAGAAUCCGAACCUGUUGUCUGCGAAGAUGAUAGGCCUGAAAGUUUCCUGUGUCCCUACUGCCCGACUAAAUUUGCCUCUAAGGAGGAUUUCCUCAAACAUAUCAGCAGUCAUGAAGGGACCAUGUACCACUACACAGUGGGCACCUCUUCCUUGUUGCAGCAAGUGCAGUUUGAAGAAAAUAUGUUACAGCAGUAUGGCAACAGCAGCAGUAAUUUAUCAGCUGAUACUGGCGCUAACGAGCACUCGUCAUUGCCCGGUGCUGCCACUAUCCUUACGGACAACUUACUGACUAUUAGCGACGUAUCUGGAAAUACUUCGGGUUUUAUCAACUCAGCUAGCAACUUCCAAAGUGAAGAGAGCCAAAGUCCUGGAGAACUUAAUUAUAUUGAGAUUGACGAUGACAAUAACGACAGCGAUAUUGAUGAUGGAAAUAAUAAUAACAACAACAACAAUAGUAAUAAUAACAACAACAACAAUAAUAAUGAUAAUCAAGGGGGCAUUGGAACUGAAAACAUUAGAGGGAAGGAAAGAAUUGAACUUGGGGUUAUCACUUUAGAGGCCGAUGAAAGAAAAUCGACAGAAUCUGAUGUAAAUAUUGAACCGAAACAGACUGCAGCCCUUGACCACGGUCGUCAGAAUUUGGUAGAGUGCUGUGACAAAGAAAUUCAGUGUGCCCUCAUUUCAUCUGAAGGUUCCUCAACCAAUGACUCAUUAUCUGCAUCUCUUGUACAGCCUCCUCAGAGGGGAAGAUACGUUAAACUAGUCUCCGACUUUGAUGAUUUCGCUGAACGUCCGUUUGCAUGCGCUCUUUGCUAUCAUCGCUUUAGCAAGUACGAAGAACUUAAGAAACAUGUACAGAAUCACUUGACGGGCGCAGGAGGAUUUGAAGAGAUUCCAUCCACUGCACUAUUUGUAUCCACAACUUCAGAUUAAACUGCAGACAAGGACAGAUAUUGUUUAGAGGAUGUUAUAAAGGCUUGUACCAUAAAUGGCAAUGCUACUAAAUUAAGACACUCCCGAACAUAGUUUAUACUGCGAGUACCAAAUAUGGUUUAUAUUGAAAGUAACAGAUAAUGCAAACAUGAUUUCUCAUUAUUUGUUGGAGAGAACAAGAUAUGAAGUACAAAACAUGGUUGAUAGUUGGAAUACCAAAUAUGGUGAUAAUGUCAGAUUUACUAAUAGUACCAUGUAGGUGCUAGUAUCAUAGACUGUGAUAUUACAAUGUAUGGGUGACUGUACCAUAUAUGUAUUAGAGUCAUAUAGGGAGAUAAUACCUAUUUCUUUAUUACCCACAAGGGGCCAAACAAGGACAGACAAACGGAUUAAGUCAAUUACAUCGACCCCAGUGCAUAACUGGUACGGAUGACCAUGAUUUUACUUAGCU